AUGUUUGUAAUAAAGUGGGCAUGCAAUGUUUUUCUAAUUAUAUUUGGUGCAAUAUUUUUGAAAACAUAUGCUUUAAAAGAGUUUGAAGCUUUUCAACUUGGUAGAGUUGAACCUCAAAAGUUAAAGAUUAAUUCAAAAACAACUUCUCUAAACGAAGAUGGUUCACUAGGUGUUUACUCUUUUAAUAAUCUUAAGAAUGAAACCGUUAUCACAAGUAUUUUGUUUCCAGAUUAUGCAGUAUUGUUUGAUCAAGGUAGAAGACAAUUUUGUUCAGGCAAGUAUUCAGCUGAUUCUCAUAUUUAUACAGCAGGGAAUGAAAUAACUUUUUUCUUAAACUAUUGGACUGAUCAAUAUACAGACAGAUACUGGGUUUUAGAAUCAGAUCAGGGAGUAAUAUGUAUGCUUCCUUAUAGCUUGGAAACUAACUUUACAAAAGUUUUUACUCAUGUUGAUUCAGAUUUUCAGUUUGAGCUUGCUCCUACAUAUGAACCAAAUAAUACAAACUCUAUAAUUAAGCAAAGUCCUCUAUUUCAAUAUUCCCAAAGCUGUACUUUAGGCUUGUUUCAAGGAUGUUUUUCAUCAGAGUUUGUCCUUUCUCUUCCAGAUUCCUCAUUUACUUCUGGACUGGAGUUCAUAGUUAGAGGUAUGUCUUUAUUUAGAACAUCAAAGGGAAUAUUCUCAGAGCUCGUAUUUUAUGAUAAAACAGCUUCUAAUGGGAAAAUAUUGCAUAUACUCAUUAAUCCAAAUAUGAUUGGGAUCCAUCUAGAGAAAGCUGGGACCCAGGUUUGGGGAGAGUUAAAUAACCAAAUAGAAAUUGGAAACAUGAAGUUCAUUUAUGACUUUAGAGUCAUUUUUAAAGAAAAAUGGGUAUAUGUUGUUUCUCAAGAAGGUCAGACCUUGGUUUCAUCUGAACUUCCUCAGGACUUUUCUACUGUCGGAAAGAUUGUCUCUUCCCCAAGAAGUGUAUCUGAUCCGAUCCUUAUUCAGGUACUUCAAGCAUCCACUCUGGUUAUUUCAAAAGAUUUCAUUCAAAAAGAAGCAUUUUGUAUCCUCUCAACCGCACCAUUAACCACUCAGAUUCAAGAUAUUUUGGGAUUUUAUCCAGAAAUUCUCUAUACAGAAAGCUAUCAUCUUGAUGUUACUUUGAUUUUCCAGUCCCCAGAAUCUAUUCAAGAUGAAGAUCUACUUCUUGCAAUUUCAUUUGAUGAAAUUUUGAUUGAUCCAUACAAUCUUCAGAUUCAAAAAACAGAAUACUUAAUAUAUCCAAAACUCAGAAUUGGUAUUUUUAAGGGAUACAUCUCUUUGGAGGAUAUGCAAACCAGAACCAUUAUAACUGGUUCAUAUCCAGCCCAGACUCAAUCCAAAAUAAAUAUUCAAUUACAGCCAUUAAAAAGUGAUAAUAAACUCAGAAUCUUAUAUCAGAUUGAUCAAUUAGCAUGGUUUAUGUUAGCUGAAGUUUCUGUUGAUCCUGAGAGGCCUUUCAACAAAAUCAAGUUUGAGAAAAAUCCUAAACACUUAGAAAUCCUUACUCAUGCUUUUACAACUGGAGCAAAAGCUUCUUCUAUUGUUUCCAAUUAUACAGAUAGUACUUCAUUCAUCUCUCCAAAAGUUGGUAACCUUUGCAAGCUUUUGCCACUAUCAUAUUGUAAGUCUCAGGAUGUAUCCUUUAUUAUUAAGGAACAAACAAAGGCAGAUCAAACAAUUCAAACAGAGUCUUUAAUGAGUAUAAAUAACAUCACCAUUCAGAUUCCUAAUUUUCCAAGCUCUAACGAUGAUUUGAUGUAUAAAUGGAAACUUUUAUCAAAUGAUACUCCAGUAUACGAAAUUUCAAUAUUCCAAGCCUCUAUUUCUAUUGUCAACUUAAUCACUUAUGAGACAGUUGCUGGACCACCUAUGAGUAUUAUCAGCCAAUACUCUGAGAACAUAGGCGUCUCAAUCAUAUUCCAAGCUAACGAUAUCUUUAUUGUUGACUCAGAAACUAAUAACAUUAUAGCAUCUAUACCUGAAUCUAAAAAUCUCAAUAUUAACAAGAUCCAAGCAUCUUCUGAUAAUAGGAUUUCUGUUAACUAUUACUCGUCUUAUGCAUUUACUCCUGGUCCUAAGACAACUUCUACUCAAUCUUCCAUCCUGAACGUCCUGUUUGAGUGCCACUUUUUUAACCAGUGUGACAUUGGGAAUUAUGUUUGUAAAGGAUCCAGUGCAAGACAAUUAUGCAAAGAUCCAGGGAUCAUGAAACUUUGGUAUAAUGGUCCUCUAAUUUCUACUGAUACUUCUUUGAACUUGGGAGUCUUUCCAAACUCCUUAUCUGUUUUUACCAUAGGAAGUCAAAACAAUAACCUAUUUAUCAUUAAUGUAUUUGAGAGUUAUAUCUCUCUAAAUGAUCUAUUUUCAGGGAAAUCUUGCUAUAAUCAACUUCCAAAUAAGACAGUACUAACUCAAAGUUCAAAUGUUAAGUUUGGUAUUAUUCUUUCAAAUGGCAAGAAAGUGGAUUUGGUAUUUUUUUCUGACAAUAACACUCCAUAUCUCCUCUGCUCUUUAAAUAUUGAUGGAAGAAUAAUCUCUGAUUUUUACUUCUUUGAGUCCAAUGGUCAAGGGCUAUCAUCUACUAUUGGAGACAUUACAAUGAAUACUGAACAAGAUGAUCUAAGCAGUAGCUUGACUAUAGUGCCUCUUCCUACAAAUCACACUUAUAGUAUUUUGACUCCUUAUAUCUCAAGUGACCAAUUAGAUUUGGAGCUUAGUUAUGAACUCAAAGCUAAUAUGGGAGUACAUUUCGAAAUUGAAUUAGAUCCAAACUCAGUUUCUCCAUUGGUUGUUGGAAUAUCUAUUUUAAAUAAGUACCAGGAUAUUCAUACUCAGUUAUAUAUCUCAGGUGGAAGUAAUCCUUCAGUGCUUCUAGGCUCUAAUAUUCCAGGAGUAGGAAUUCUUACUAACCAUUCCUCUAUUCCAGAUGAAUGUACUUCUAUCAAAGACUCCUUAAUUAGUGGAGGUAAUAUUCAGUUCACUAUUGGAGUGGAUGUAGAAAUCUUUAUUAAAGAGAAUUUGGGAAUUAAAGAAGAAAUUAAAAUCCCAUAUUUGUAUGUGAUUUUGUGUAAUCAAAGCUUAGCAAAAGUUCCUAUGGGAGGUUUUAACAUUUAUAAGCUUUUGAUUUCAAAUAGAUCAGUUUUAUCUACAAGUACAACUUUAAUUAAUGGCUUCUAUGCUAAUAGAUCUUCCUCCAAAAUCAGAGAUCUUUCUGUUGUUCCAAUAUCUACAGAAGAUUCUUUAUCAGAUUAUAAAGAAAAUUGCGAGAUUAGUCAGAAUACCAAAGUUACUUCAUACUGUCUUUCUUCUUCCUUAACAAUUGAGGAUUCUUCUGGCCUUAUGGAAAAUUAUGAACUAACAGUUUAUCUUGCAAUCCAAGAUUUCCCUGAAUUCAAGUAUGGGAAUUCUACCUAUUACAAUGGAAUUAGUUACCAAGUAGGCGGAAUGUCCUCAUUUGUGGUACUUUUUAAUGAAACCCAUCUUGGGGUUUUGAACUUAAUAGAGAAAAGGGAAAUCUGGAAUCUCUAUGGAAAUGAUGCUCUAAUGUCAGUCUCCUCUUGGAUCUCAAUCUCAGUUAAUAGGAUUUCAGGAUUUAUCCAUUUUACUUUGAAUGACCAGAUAUUUGCAAGUUUUCCUGAUUACCCAUCUCAACAUGUUUCAAUUCAAGGUAUUUCUUUACUCCAACCAGGAUCUUGGAGUGUUUUUCAAGGAGUUAAACAGGACUCAAUUUAUGAGUCUAAUAGAUAUCCCUUUAUGUAUCAUGGAUUUAUAGAAUGCUCAUUUGAGGAUGACUGCCAAGUUACCAAUGAACAAACUUGUGUUGGUAACUCUUUUAGUGGACUCUGUCCAUAUCCAAGUCCAGAUGGAAUUGCUUGGCUCUUUAACUCUUUUGCUGAAGUAGCUACAGAUGUAAACAAUGGGACUUUUGGUAGGUCCUUUGAAAUUCCUGACCUCGUUCAUGCCUACAAAUUGAAUGAUGGAUUCUUUGAUAUCUUUGCUUUCUACUUUUUCAAAGACUAUGCUGCUAUACAGUAUCUUUUAGAUGGUACUGUCUGUAGAAACAGUUAUGGUCUUGGAAAUACAUCUUCUUCUUUAGAUAUCAUCCCUUCAAAUUUUCAAUGGGGUUUUUACCUUGGAAAUGCGACUAUCAAUUUAUUAACAGAUCUGGGAGGUAGUGGAAUCAAAGAAAUUUGUAGUUUAAACAUUCCAAAAAAUACUGAUCUUAGACUAAAUGUGGUUUAUCCAGUAGGUCAUUUUCUUGGAAUUAUUGAAGCUACCAAAAAGAAUAAAGCAAAUCUAACAAUUUCUGAGGUUCCUCCUGAACAGGAAACUGAUGCAAAUCCAUGCAUGUUAGAGAUGUUUAAAAGAUGUAAAAUUAAUGACCAAGUACAACUUUCACCCAAUGAUACUUAUUUUAAAUAUAACUAUGUCUUUGAAUUCUCCUUUGUUUAUGAUGAGUCUAAAGAAUACAAUAUAAACUUUAAAGGAAUAACACCAAAUUCUUCUUUAAACCCAACAAGUAGUAAAAAAGAGGAUCUAAUUAAUCUAAGUAUCUUAGGAAAGAGUCUCCAACUUUCUAAUAGUCAAAGUGAUGUUUCUAUGGCAGAUAUCCUUUUGGAAAACGCUGUUUCAGGUACUACUGUAUUUUCUUUGUUUGCUUAUUUGUCUCCAAAAGAAGAUCAUUUUAUUUUGGUUUCAUCUUUAGAUCUUGAGACGGAAAAUACAAAUAGCCGUCUCAGAAAUUUGGCUCAAGGAUAUAAAGGAGUUUUAGUUUCUUUGAAUGGAAAGAUAUCAGAGAUAACAACAGAUCAAAUCUCUAUUUCAAAUCCAACAGUUUAUUUAAAUAACUGGCUUAUAGAAGCCGAUAGUUUGAAACCUUCAUCCAAGCAUUUAACUUGUAUGCUGGACGAGAUAAAUCCCAAUACUUGGUGUGUGGGUUUAAAUGCAACUUACAAUCAAUUUGGUUCAGAGUCAAAACUUAUUUGGUUUAAUUUUACCUUCUCAAACGAUAUUCAGGGAGAUUCAAGUACUUUUGAAUAUUAUGACUCAUAUAUCAUCAAGAAAGAGAAUAACACAGAGUUAAUAGAAAUCAAUUUUGGUCGUAAGGAGUUUCAAGUUAAAGAUCUUGUAAGUAAUACAUUAGCAGUUUCAUUUUAUCCCAAUAAAACUGUUGUAGCACCUGGAAUGAAUUAUAGAAUGGGAAUUGGAGUUUUGGAAGAAACACCAGACCAAAUUUAUUUCUGUGAUGUGUUUAGUCAUUUGCUUUUAAAUAUUCCUUUCAAUUCUUCAGAGAUCUCUGGAACUAAUUAUAUAGUAAAUAACAGAAAAGAGAUUUUCUCCUACUUUAUGCUUGAUUCUAAACCUCUUUCAAUUAAUGAAACACUUGUACAAGGUUAUAAAUCAUGUUCUUUUGAGUCAAAGUGUGGUCUUGAAACUUUAACAUGUACAAGUCAGGUUUUAGAAUAUCCAUGUCCAAGAUCUACUCCAGGUUUAUAUUGGUUGAUUAGUUCAAAAAUUUUAGACACAAAUCUCUCUAGUGGUGAUUGGGGAAAAGAGUUUGUCUUUGAUAAUCUACUUGGUUCCUAUAUCAUUUUAGGAGAUCCAAAUAUCAAAUUUAUAAUUCACUUCUUUCGUAAUAAAAUAGUAUUUUUGGAUCCUAAUUAUAAUCUUUCAUGUUCUGGUCCUUAUAUCUCAAAUAAACCAGCACCACAAGGAGGUAAUGCAAAUUGGAGUAUUGGUUUUGACUCAAAUGAUAUGGUUUUUCUUGGAUUUUUUGAUCAAAUAAAUCAAAAACAUUAUACAAUUUGUGGAUUUAAGAAUUUUGGAAAAGAUAUACCUUUUGUAUCAAUACUACCAGUUGGUUCAACACCAGCAGUCAGUGUUUUCAGGCAGUUUGGAUCUGGUUUCCCAACUGGAGGAUUUGAAUCCACAUCAAGCUUGCAAAAUAAUUAUGGAUUUUAUCAUCCAGAAUUUAAUACUACCAGCCAGGAGUAUAUUCCUUCAGCUCCUUAUGGUAUGAAUCUUCCAUUUCUACCAGUAGGAGUUCCAGCAAUUGAUAGUCAGGGCCUGGAAACUCCUCCUGGCUUUUUCUUUAACAAAACAACAAGUCAGUAUGAACCUUUAGGAUCUUCUGAGGAUCCUAACUCAUUAAGACCUCCUAUUCCUUUCCAAUUAACAGAAGGAAUUGACGAGUGUGAAUUAGAAAUCUAUUCUUUCUGUAACUCAACCAAUGUUUCUUUACUUUCUUCAAUGAAUAAUCUAGAGGAGAGAGAUUGGAGCUUAUUUGUUAUGGUUUCAACAGGAAUACCAACUUAUCCUCAAGAUUCAAAACCUGACUUUAACUUUCAAUUUAAAUUCAAAGAUGAACAAGAUCAAAUCAAGUUUACUAUAAACAUUUCUAACUCUUCUAUAGUUAUUUUUGGUUCUGAUUCAUCUCAAAUUGCAAUAGCAGUAUCUCCUCAAUGUGGUCCAUAUUGUUCAACUUAUCCAAAAGGUUACUUUACAUUUUGGUUACAAAAGAAGUCUACUGAAAACAAGUUCAGUUUAAGUGUAGACUAUAAUAGACUUCUCUUAGUAGAAUUUGAAUCUGAUAAUAGAAAUUUCACCAAGGUGGAAAGUAUAGGGGAUUCAGUACAUAAUCCUGUUCCCACUAAGACUUAUGUCCUUUGGAAUUUGUUGGAUAUGUCAGAUUCUCCAAAAGAAAUUGCUACUACUACUACUACUACUACAAAGAUACCUUGGGACAAAGAUAUUAAAGAUGAAUGUCAUUUAGAGCUAAAUCAACCUUGUAGAGGAAAUGAUGCAAUCUUAGAUAAGCCUCUUAAUAAUGGAGAUAUUAUUUGGAUUAAUACUCUAUUGGGAAAAUCAAGUAAUCCAAUACAGUUGGAUGGAAAUGAUUAUUGGUUUAAUUAUAACUUUAAGAAAAAUGACUCUAAUUCUGUGAUCUCUUUGCUUUUCAAUGAAACAUCAGUGGCUAUUUAUUUGUAUAACAGUCAAGAAACUCUUUCUUCAAGAUAUACUAACCAGCAUCUGUUAUAUGAAGGAAUGGAUAUCACAAUUGGUUUAGCAUUCAAUAGAUUUGGUCUCUUUUUGUUGAAUAAAGACUUUAAUGCAUUAAUCCAUGAUCCAAGUAUCAAGACUUUAGAUUAUAAUCAGAUUACACAAGAAAAUGUUCCAGAUCAUAUUUCCAAUUUUUUACUCAAGGACAAAUUUACAUAUCCAAAGAACAUAUUAUUCAGAGGAUAUGAAACUUGUAGUUUAUAUGAGGACUGUAAGACAAGUUCUAAAUCUUGUGAAUCUCAAGCUAUGGUUGAAAUGUGUAAUCCAAUUCAACCAGGUACUGAGAUAUCUGUUCAAACAAAUAUCUCAGAAACUAACGUCAAUAAUGGAACUUGGGGAACUCCUUUAAUUCAAAGUGAUCUCUUUAAUAUAUUCCAUCUUGGAAAUGGAGAUAAAGAUAUGUAUACAAUUUACUUAUAUAAAGACAGAAUAGUACUGGAAGAUAUGGUUAAUUAUAUUUCUUGUGGUGGACCAUAUCCUAAUGGGAAGACUUUGGAUUUAGGUUCAACCUUAGAGUGGUCUAUAGGCUUGGAUUCAAAGAAGUACUUGUUUUUGAAUGUUUUAAAUGUUUUAAAUGAUACAAAUAGUAAUAUGCUUACAGUUUGUUCUAUGUCUUUAAUUGAAGGUAUUCAUUCUUUGGAUUUUAUUUCACCAAGUGGUUUUAAUCCAAGUAAUUCUAUUUUUAUUCAAAAGAUUGGCUCUUUCAAACAGGGAGGGUAUGAAUCUACUUCUAAAGGUGAUAUUGGAUAUUACUUCCCAAUCUAUGAUGUCUCAAAAGAUGAAUAUCUUCCUGAUAUUGUUUACGGUGAUAGUUUUUCUUAUUAUCCUCCAGGAAUUCAUCCUGCUCCUAUAACUGACGAUAAUUUAAAUAAUCCUCCAGGUUAUCAUUACAAUACUACAACUGGUCAGUUUGAAAAAGAUGAAAACAAUUUGAAUUCUGAUUUGGAAAAUCCUUCCAGACCAACCCAUAUUGUGAAUGGUAUUCCACAGUGUGAGCUUAGUUUAUUCACAACUUGUAAUGCUUCAUCCAUUAAGAUUAUACCAGAAGACAUAGUCUUUAAAGAAUUCUGGACUUUAUUUGUGAUUUCUAGUACUGGAAUUCCACCAAAAGUUUCAGAAUCUAAUCCAUUUAAUUAUAAGUAUGAAUUUAUCAAUACAGAAAAUGGUAAAGAAGAAUUAGUAUUAAGUUUGAUAAUAUCUAAUGAGACAGUAACUUUUAGGAAUGAAAAGAAUAAUACAGAAAAUAUUGUUGGAUCACCACAAUGUGGUCCAUAUUGUUCUACAUAUCCAAAAGGUUUCUUUGCUUUUUGGUUAACUUAUGAUUCUAUUACCAACAAAUACAUUGUUUCUAUUGAAAAUAACUCAAAAAAAUUGGUUGAAAUUGACUCAGGAGGAGUGGAAUUUCACCAAGUCAGGCCAUGUCAGGCUUGUCAGGGAGUUCCUGAGUCAGAGAUGUAUAGUAUAUGGAAAUUAUUUGGUUCCAAAACUCAACCUACUGAAGUUUCUACUACCACUACUACUACUACAAAAGCACCUUGGCAGGAUCAAAUAGUAGAAAAUUGUAUAGUUUCUCAAGGAUCUGAUCCUUGUAGAGGAACCAAUGUAGAAGUUUUACCUGAAAUACAAGAAGGAGAUAUUCUUUGGAUUAAUACAACACUUGAAAUUUCAGAUCCAAAAAUUCGAGUAAAUAACAAAUUAUAUUGGCAAGGAAUACAAUUUAAAAAGAAUAACCAAAAUGUAUUUUCUUUGCUUUUUGAUGAAAUGUUUCUUUUAGUACAUAUAGAAAAUGCUGAAAAUGAGUAUUAUUCACCAUAUACAAAUUAUACAUUAAGUUAUUCAGGAAGAGAAAUUUUAAUUGGAGUAGCAAGAAGUAAGUAUGGUUAUUUUAUUCUAAAUCAAAAUCUUGGAUCUUUGAUUACUUUAAAUUCAAAUGGUAUUGAUCUUUCCUUUAAUCAAGCUUUUCCAUUAUCCAGUCAUGAUAUAGUCUCUAACUUUGAACUUGAAAAUGGUUUUCUUCUACCUAUAAACUAUUUGUUUAUUGGUUAUGAAACUUGUUCUUUAAAUGAAGAUUGUAUCUUAGAAACUACUUCUUGUGUUUCCCAAGUCCUUAAAGGAUUGUGUCCAAAUCCUAAUAGUAACAGGGUAUGGAUAAUUGAAACUGAGAUCUCUGAAACAAAUAUCAAUAAUGGAACUUGGAGUGAAAGUCUUGUUUUAGAUGGUCUUAUGAAUACUUAUUUUUUAAGUACUUCUUCAGAAAUACUUUAUAAUGUUUUAUUAUUUGAUAAUAGAAUAGUUAUUGAAGAUGUUGAUAAUAAUAUUACAUGUUCUGGAGCUUAUCCAGAUGCAGUCCAAAUAACAUAUGGAAAGAAAUUCAUUUGGUCUUUUGGAUUUAAUGAAAAUUCUAAGAUGAUAUACUUUAAUUCUGCUACACAGGAUAAUCCUUCUCAGUUCAGAACAAUUUGUUCUAUGCCUUAUACAGGUAAAAGAUCUCAAAUAUCUACAGUUUAUCCUCUUGGUUAUGCUCCUUCUAAAGCUAUAUUUACUCAAAAAAAGAAUGGUUUACCAGAGGGUGGUUUUCAAACUACAUCAAUACCAAACAAUGGUUUUUAUUUUCCAGAUCAAAAUAAUGAUACUGGAGUCUUUCAACCUGAAAAUAAAUAUGGACAAUAUUAUCCAGAGUUUCCACUUGGAUUAAAACCUGCUCCAACUAAUGGAGAUAAUACAAAUACUCCAGAAAAUUAUCAUUAUAAUUCUACAACUGGACAAUUUGAAAAGAAUCCAGAUCAUCCAGAUCCAAAUGAAUUAAAUCCAUUUCAACCAACUCAUAUUGUAGAUGGUAUUUCAGAAUGUGAUUUAUAUUUAUUUUCAACAUGUAAUGGUACUUCUGCCAAGAUUAUUCCACCAGAUACCAUAUUUAAGAAAAAAUGGACUUUAUUUGUAAUUUUGGCAACAGGGAUUCCAAAAUAUCCAGAUCAAUCUAAUAAUGUUGCUUUUAAUUAUAAAUAUAACUUUGUAAAAUAUCAAGAUAAUACUUCAACUGGAGGAGUAAAUACUCAAGAAGUUGUUUUGUCUCUUUCUUUUAAUAAUGAUACAAUAACAUUCAAGAAUGAGAAAACUAAUAUUGAAAAUAUGGUAGGAUCUCCUCAGUGUGGUCCAUAUUGUUCUACUUAUCCAAAUGGAUUUUUCACUUUUUGGUUAACUUAUGAUAUUGAUACAAAUAAAUAUGUAAUCUCAAUAGAUAGUAAUUCUAAAAAAUUAAUAGAAAUAGAAGCUGAAAUGACUCAAGAUUUAGCUUUUAAUAAAAUUGUUCCAGAGAUAGAUACAAAUACAGGAGGUGAUAUCUCUAAAACAUAUAGUGUUUGGCAACUAACUAAAAUGAAAAAAAUACCAGAUUCUACUGCUGUAACUACUACUACUACUACUACUACUACCACCAGUACAACAUCAACUACUACAGAAAUACCUUGGUAUGAUUCAGAAUUAGAUGAAUGUCCAAUUAUUAUAAAUAAACCAUGUAGAGGAAUUAAUGGAGUAUUAGAUACACCUUUUGUACAUGGUAAUUUAUUAUGGAUAAAUGGAACAUUAGGUAAUGAAAUUGAGGGUAGAUUAUUAUUGGAUAGUAAAAAUUUAAUGGGAUAUGAUAUAAUGAAUGAUAAUCAAAAUGUGAUGACAUUAUUAUUAAAUGAAACAUUUAUAGGUGUUUAUGAUUUAACUAAAGAUCAAGAAUAUUAUUCAUAUUAUACAAAUGAAAGUUUAGCAUAUAAUGGAAUGGAAUUUAAGAUAGGAAUAGGAUGGAGUAAAUUAGGAUUAUUUAUUUUAAAUGAAUAUUCAAGUAGUUUAAUAGAAAUACAAACUCAUUCAGAUUAUACAUUUAAUAAAGUAAGAGCAAGAGGGCCAAUUAUGUAUAAAUAUGUGGAUUAUGUAUUAUUAGAUAAUUUCUUAUAUCCAAAUGGUUUAUUAUACUUGGGUUAUGAAACAUGUUCAUUUAAUGGAGAAUGUAAGGUUAAAUCAUUAGAAUGUAGUUCUCAAGUAUUAACAGGAUUAUGUUUAAAAAAAUCACCAGGAAUAAGUUGGAAAAUGGAAACUAUAUUAGCUCAAACUAAUGUAAAUAAUGGAACUUGGGGUGAUUUUUAUUCAUUAAAUAGUUUAAUUAAUAUAUAUACAUUAAAUAAUGGUAUAGAAGAUAUAUUAGUAGUUUAUUUCUUUGAUAAUAGAGUAGCUAUACAGGAUUUAGUUAAUUCAAAUGCUUGUUCUGGUCCUUAUCCUAAUAAUUCACAAGUAAAUGUUGGUGAUUUAAUAAUAUGGUCAAUAGGAAUAGAUUAUGAUAUGAAUUUAUAUUUGAAUAUAAUAGAUAAUAAUGAAAAAAAAAAUUAUACAGUUUGUUAUAUAAAGAAUUCAAAUCAAUUUGGAGGAUUUAAAUAUUUAUCUCCUUUAGGUUAUAAACCAAAUUAUUCAAGAUUUAUUCAAGAAUUAUCUCCUCAAUUUCAAGAUGGUGGUUAUGAAUCAACAUCUACUCCUGAUAAUGGAUAUUAUUUUCCAGAAAAAGAUCAAAAUAGUGGAAAAUAUAAUCCUAAUGAUAAAUAUGGAGAAAGUUAUCCAUUUUUCCCACCAGGAGUUCAUCCAGCUCCAAUAAAUGGAGAUAAUACAAAUACUCCAGAAAAUUAUCAUUAUAAUUCUACAACUGGACAAUUUGAAAAGAAUCCAGAUCAUCCAGAUCCAAAUGAAUUAAAUCCAUUUCAACCAAAUCAUAUUGUAGAUGGUAUUUCAGAAUGUAAUCUUUAUUUAUUCUCAACUUGUAAUGGUACUUCUGCAAAGAUUAUGCCAGAUGGUACUGUUUUUAAACAAGGAUGGACUUUAUUUGUAAUGAUUAGUACUGGUGUACCUAUGAAUGAUAACAUAAAUAAUUAUAAUUACAAAUAUGAAUUUAUGAGUACUAAUGAUGAUGGAUCUGAUAUAGUUGUAUUAUCAUUGGAAUAUAGUAAUCAGACUGUGACAUUUAGGAAUAAUUUAAAUAAUACUGAGAAUGUGGUAGGAUCUCCUCAAUGUGGUCCAUAUUGUUCUACUUAUCCUAAAGGUUACUUUGCUUUUUGGUUAACUUAUGAAUCAACUUAUAAUUACUUUAUUGUUUCUGUUAAUAAUAAUAAUAAUUAUUUGACAUCUAUUUCAGCUGAUGGAAUUAGUAAGAUGUUCAAUAAGAUUGUCCCUAAAGGAAAUGAUGUUGGUAAUACCUUUAAUAUUUGGUAUUUGAAUAGUCAAAGUAGGACACCAUACUUCUACUAG